CUGCGUAUUAUUUUAUCAUAUUAACGGCUUAGCAGUUGUCGUUAAAAAUACGGAAGAAGCGGCGCAAUGGCAUCGUUUAGAAUUCACGAGGAUCAGGAAAAUACCGCGCUAGCAUUAAGGAAAGAGGCUGAUGUAUUUUCGGCUGCCACCCAGCGGCGUGCCCUUGGCGACCUCAGUCAGUUCGCCUGCAAUCAAAACCGAAAUAUCAAGCAUGCCGGAUUAACGAAUGGACCUUGCAAAGUUCAAGAUGAGAAUAGAACAGUACGUCAGAUUAAAAAUGAGAAGAACAUCGUACCUCCCGUGGCCCAAUUUCGGGCCUUUAGUGUGUACGAAGACAAACCGACUGAAGUCGAAGUGAAGAAGAGAGAACCAACAUUCAAGCCAUUUGUUUCUAAAGAAAUUCGAAAAGAUAAUUUCUUUACUAAUGCAGCAGAGAACGUCAGAAAUCUGUGUAUUCAGGUUGAAAAGUCAAAGCACCAAGAACAGGUCAAAGAUGUUGCUGCAAUCAGACCUCCAUUGCAAGAGAAGAAAGAAAAAGAGAAGGAUGUUGUUGAAUCACCUAUGUCAGUGGUUGAUACCAGCAUCCUUUCCAUGUCUAUCUCACAAAAUGAGAGUCAGAUUAUUGAUGAUGAUGACGAUGAUACAACGACGGCGCAGUCUGACCGUGAGAUGUUCUUCCACGUUGUGGAGUAUAGGCAAGAUAUAUAUGACUACAUGAGAGAGAUUGAGGUUAAAAACAGACCAAAUCCUCGUUACAUGCGCAAGCAGCCAGAUAUUACACACAAAAUGCGUUCCAUACUGAUUGAUUGGCUUGUCGAGGUGUGCGAUGAAUAUGGACAACAGAGUGAAACUCUACACCUUGCCGUAUCUUAUGUCGACCGCUUCUUGUCGUAUAUGAGUGUAGUACAUACCAAACUGCAACUUGUAGGCACUGCAGCUACUUACAUAGCCGCGAAAUAUGAAGAAGUCUACCCUCCAGAGGUAUCUGAGUUUGCUUAUAUAACAGAUGAUACUUAUACAAAGCGGGAGGUGCUACGUAUGGAGCAUUUGAUUUUGAAAGUGCUGUCGUUUGAUCUCUCAACACCAACAUCGCUUGCCUUCCUCUCACUUUUCUGCAUUUCCAAUGGAAUAUCCAAGAAAAUAUUCCACUUAGCUGCGUACAUCGCGGAGCUGUCCCUGCUGGAGUCGGAGCCGUACCUGCAGUUCCGGCCGUCCGUGGUGGCGGCGAGCGCGCUGGCCACGGCGCGCCACUGCCUGCUGUGCGAGCGCGCCUGCGGCCGCUCGCCCGCCGCGCACGUCGCCUGCGCCGACACGGCGUGGCCGGCGGCGUUGGUGCAGAGCUCGGGCUACGGCUGGGGCGAGCUGGAGCCGUGCGCGCGGGAGCUGGCGCGCUCGCACGCGCACGCGCAGCGGCAGCCCUACCGCGCCAUACCCGACAAGUACAAGAACAACAAGUUUGACGGUGUAUCUACAAUUGAGCCUAAACCAAUGUUCCCAGUACCACCGUACCAACAGCCACCCGUCACAAACGCGCGACCGCAGCCGGAAGCCACGCGCACGAGCUAG